AUGAGGGCAGCAGCGGCCAUCGUCAUUGUCGAGGCCACUGUCGUCACGGCUGCCAUCUUCGACACAAUCCUGCCCACUACGAAGCCGGCCAUCACCAAAGACCCAUGGACCUGCACAACAGAGCCUCUGCAGAAGUACUUUAUGCCUCCAAAGCCAACGGGCCUUCUUCUCGAUGCUCUCGUGUCGUAUGGCGAGGAUCUCAAGAAGGACUGCAAGCCCACCUUAACGGACGCAAUGGGCAACCCCGAGUGCGAGUUCCCCGCGCACUCCAAGUGGUGCGCCUUCGCCGCGGCCGUUCCUUCGGUCCUCGUCUCCGAGUACUCCUCGUAUGGCAGCGCCGCUUCUUCGUGGUGGUCGGAGUCGAGUUCUGAAGCCGUCGAGUUUGCCACCUACUGCCCGAAUCGAUGGUUCACGGCAAUGACUGCGCAACGACCUCGGCAAUGA